CAGAGCACAAUCAAUGCUUGUCAGUUAACAACCGUAAAGUUUGAUUACUUUCCACACAAGGUACUGUAUUUAAUCAUCCGACGGAGCCAUUCUAGAAUUUUACAGUAAUGCUUACCAAAUGCGCUUUUCUUAAACAACUGGUUGUCGGUUAUUAUAAUGCGACUACUUCAUAUGGAUAAUUCUGAACAAGGACAUUUUAAAUUCAAAUAGUUGAGGCUCUGUUCGAUGGACAUUAUUCGGGAGUGGAAGAUAACGGACAUUUUUCAGCAGUUUGAUACCGCUGAACUUGGUGAAUUCAAGCAGCGAUGGCAGAGAGACGGAGUGAAAGGCAUCAUUAAACUGUACAAACAGAAAGAACACGAAUUAUUUUCCCAGCCACUGCAUAUUGCUAUCAUUGGCAAUUCUGGUGCGGGAAAAUCCACCUUCGUCAAUGCCAUUCGAGGCCUAACCGCCGAUGACCCCGGCGCCGCGAGAACGGACUGCGUGGAAACAACCAGAGAGCCCACAGCGUAUCGACAACCAGGUCACGAAGCACUGGUGUUCUGGGAUUUACCUGGAGUCGGUACCCCGAACUUCCCUCAAGAUGAAUAUCUAGAGUUGGUGGAAUUUUCUCGUUAUGACUUCUUCAUAAUCAUGUGCUCGCAACGGUUCACCGGUGCCGAUAUGUGGCUAGGGCAAAAGAUUGGUGAAUCAAAUCGUCAGUUCUUUUUCGUCCGCACCAAAGUAAGAAUCGAUGUAUUCAAUGACCGGCGCGCCCAUCCCAGAUCUCACGAUGCAAGCAGAGUGCAACAUGAAAUUAGGGAGGAAAUUAAGCUGCACUUGCAAAAGAACUGUGUCAUGGCUCCCAUCUUCUUAAUUGACAGCUACCAACCACAACGUUUCGACUUUGGUAAACUACAGAUGCAGUUGAUCGAAGACUUUCCGGCACUGAAAUCUCGAGCUCUGACUAUGGGAUUGAGCUUUAACUUCAGUGAGAAUCUAAUUAAGGAAAAAAUUAAGAUUUUACGAAGCGAACCAUGGAAAGUGGCCGUUGCAUCUGCCGCCGCGGCACCAAUUCCGUUUGUUUCCGCUGUGGUCGAUCUGGAGACGGUGCGAUCUGCCAUUGUGCGCUAUCUGGUCACCUUAGGUCUGGAUGAUGCCUCGCUCGAAGCGACAUCUCGACGAACCGGCCACGAUCUAGCUAGUUUAAUGAACAUGGUUCACGGCUGUUUCCCGCCCUCGGCGGCUCCUCCAUGCAGUAUCCAGGAGCUGGCGUCGUAUGCUCCUAAAUUAAAACCGACUUCUGCUCCCCAUGUGCUGAAAUGGGUGCCCGUGGUUGGCUCUAUGAUUGGUGCCAUUGUCACGUUCAAGACGUUGCUGAAGAUAUUGCAAGGCAUGUUGGAUGUCAUGGAGGAUUUGGCACUUGCGGUCGUUAGAAUAGAACUGAACGCCGCCCGCACUAAUGAAGUCGACAUGUAACGUUUAUUAAAGGUAUUAUAGCAGACUUACUACAUCAUGAUAUUGUGAUCAGGUAUUUAAGCGAUCGCGUUCGUACAUCGGAAUACGAUAUAAAGACUUCACCGAACACAAAAGUUCUUGUCUUACGGCUGCUUUUACUACGGCGCUUUAUUUGUUUGCUUAUUUUAUUAAAAUUUAAUUGCUGGUUUAGUAAAAAUUGACUUUUGCAGCUAACUUAAUGCAUUUGUUUUUGCUUUGAUGUUGUAUUGGCAUUCAAAAAAACCAAGAAAUAUCCACAGCUUCAAAUUCGCGGGCUCGAGCACGACUGCAAAUUUCAGCGACCGGUUUUGAAUGAGCAGAUCGGCUAA